CUCCAGCCCUUCGGCUCAUUCGGCGGCGGCUCUGGAGCGGGGCCACCCGCCAGCCGCACGCGCGCACGGAGGGCGACGGCCGCCGCCGCGCAGCGGCCGCUGGCGGAUGGCCUGGGCGCCCCUGGAGCGGGCCCCGCUGGCCGAGCUGCUGGCGGAGCGCAGGAGCGCCGUAGACGGGCUGCGGGCGGCGCUGCAGAAGCCCGAGGGUGGCGCCGCGGGCGAGGGCGGCGCCGCAGUGUGCCCGCUGCCAGGCUUCGCGGACGACGUGUGGCUACUGCGGUACACGAUCAGCUUCGAGGACACCGCCAGCGCGGCGGCGGCUGCGCGCAAGGCGCUGGCCUGGCGCCGAGAAAACGGACCGCUGAUAGAGGCGGCCCGGCGGCGGCGCGCGCCCGACGACUUCACGGCCGUGGAGUUGCGGGCGAUAGAGCUGUUCUUGACGUCUGCCUACCAGCACACCAGCCGCUUCGGGGAUCCGGUCUUCGUGAGCCGGAUGAGGGGCUGCAACUUGCGCGCCCUCAUGGACGCGGUGAGCGAGGCGAAGCUGGAGCGGUGGCUGAACUUCGUCAACGAGUGUGCCUGGCAGUACUGCGAGGCGGCCUCGAAGGGCGCGGGCGCUUUCGUGAAGCAGAUCAACAUCCAGGACGUGGCCGCGACCGCCAUGGUCCAGGAGAUGCGGUUCUUCCGGGCGCUUGGGAGCAGCUCGAAGACCAACGAGUGGUUGAGGCCACAGUUCAUCGGGAAGACUUAUUCAAAUAUCCUGAACCCCCCCGCCUGGGUCAAGUUUGCGUCCAGGCUGGCCGGCUCCGUCAUGAGCCCGCAGGCCAUAGCGAAGAUCUUCGUGCACCCAGGCAGCGUGCCGGGCAGAGCGCCGGCUGGCGUCGACGGCGCGCGGCUGUGCCGCUUCGCCCGGGAGUUCCUGGGCGACCCCGCGCGCGUGCCGUCGUUCGUCGGGGGAACUUGCGACAGCGACCUGGUGUUCCCGGUGUCGGCCCGGCAGGAAUCGGCCCCGGAGGGCGACGAGCUGCGGCGGGAGCCCAGGGUGCUCGCGGGCCUGCCGCGGCCGCUCGAGGCCCAGCAGGCGGACCCAGAGGGCCCCGACGACAACGCCAGCUCGACCAGCUUCAAGUCGUGCCGGAGCUUCGCCACCGCCGAGGACCGCAGCCCGCGCUGGCCGCCCGCGGCGCCGGUGCCGCUGUCGAUGGACGGCGGGUCGGUGGCGGGGCGCGGGAGCGGCAGGAGGUGCUGCCUGCUCCGCGUGUGCCGGCGGCUGAUCUGCGGGCGGCGGCGCCGGCGCCGUUCUGGCGUGGUGAUGGGGGCAGCCGCUCCAGAGCGCCUCCUGGACCCGUGAUACCCGUUGCCACUGGCGUCGUGCCUCUGCUUCGGGAGCCCCCAAUCGGUGUGGUGACCACACCGUGCGGUGAGUCAGAGGGUGUUCGGGCCCUGGCUUACCGCACAGUGUUAGGGCUCGGUCCGUUCUCCGAUGACCUCUCGGGCGACGGGGGCCUCCAGGGUCCGAGGUCACCGCGCAGUCUGUCACCACACGGUUUUUGGACCCCGAACUGUUUCUGGGACCUCGCCCGCCCUUUGCGAUCGGGGCAUGGUGGCGGAUCUGUCCACAGCGUGCCAUGAAGGCAGAACGGCAGGGGUUGAACUGCCACCAAUUAUUGCGAGUCUGCUGCGCAGGACGUAGCGGACCGUCGCCCCAACAUCCACAACGCAGCAGGGUGUCUGCGUGCAGUAUGGGAGAAUCCUUUGAGCCGUACCUUGCAAGA